AUGGAUCUCAUGUUCCCCUCCAGGGUCGACUGGUAUGGGCGUCUGGUGCUUUUUGGACAACGUAAAAAGCAACAAUCCCCAGCGACAGAAGUGUCAUCAUUGGCCCAGGGGAAUUCGUCUGCUCAAAGUGAUUGUCUCCAAAUCUCUCAGUCGGAGCCCGAGCAAGUAGGGGGUAGACAGACUCCCCAAGCUCGUGGGGGUUGCCAUGACUUCCACGAUGAGCUCGCGAGCACCGAGAUCGACUUGCUGCCCAGAAGCCCCAGCAUGAACAACAACGAUCCAUUUGGGAUAUUUUUUGGCAGCGAUUGGAUACUGGCAGGCUUAGACAAUGUCGCAAGCACCACAGUGCCAACAUCACAAUCGUUCGGCACCAGCCAGAACGACCAAACGCCUAUUCAAAACGGUGGGCUUGGGGAUUUCGCCGUCGGCCCCUUGGAUUUUACCGCCCUAUCAGAAUCCUCAGCCUCAUCCUCAUCCUCUCCGCUCGGCUCCCUCGGCUCCCUCGGCUCCGAGGCAGCCAAUGUCGGGGGUGACAGCUUCUCGUUCCCUGAUACAUGCCUCCUCCCAGUUCAGGAGCUCACCCUCAUCCGGGCGCUCUUGCGGAUAGCCGACCGCCUGGGCUGCACGUCGACGAUUUGGGACAUCAAGACGCUUUCGCCGUUCAACGGGCCCGCGUCGGCGGCGACGGGUCUUCUUCCAGAGACCUGGCGCCCAACGUCGACACAAGCCGGGGUGCCGCAUCACCCGGUCCUGGACCUGGUACCGUGGCCUUCUGCGCGCGACCGGCUGAUUAACAUUUUUAGUCUUCCGGAGUCGAUGCGUCCUCCAAGUGCCGCGGGACCCCUGGGGCUAGUCCAGUUCGUGUAUGACCUUGAGGAUGCUUCAGAAGGGUUGCGUAUGUACGGUGGCGACCCGUACGAUGCAGAGUCUUGGGAGGUUGGCCAGACUCUGUUUGAGAAGUGGUGGUUUGUAUUCGACCGCAAUAUCGUCAAUCAGAGCAACCGCUGGAGGAGCCUCAGGGGUGCGAGGAAACUUAGACUUGAGGCAGCCAGCGCGAGGUCGAAUGUUCCUGAGAUGGUGUAG